AUGAUCGUCUUGCCCGAGUUGAUGUUGAAGCAAAGACAGAUUUUCCCAAACUUCCAAACUGGGGCACGUGACCCACAUUCACCCACGUGCUCGUCUGUGUGUGCAAACACAAAUGGUUGUGCACUUUGGAGUUUGCGUUUGUUUAUGAUGGCGAACAUCUUUCUUGCUUAUGUGCUGUUGUGGUCCUUUCAAUUGAGUCUGGGAGGCCCAGUGUUCCUGCCCGGCAAAGCGGCUAAUGGCGUCCUGAGAAGACACAAGCGUUAUAACACGGGCGUAUUUGAGGAGCUGCUGCAGGGCAACCUGGAAAGAGAAUGCCAUGAGGAAGUGUGUGACUUUGAGGAGGCCAGGGAGACCUUUGAGGAUUCAGAUAAAACGAUGGAGUUCUGGAAUACAUACCUUGAUGGGGACCAGUGUGAGUCGAACGCAUGCAUGCACCAGGCCACGUGCAAAGAUGGCGCGAGCUCCUACACGUGUGAGUGUCGAAACGGUUUCACCGGCGUCCACUGCGAAAUCGAUUUGUUGAAAAGGUGCGAUCUAAACAAUGGCGACUGCGGGCACUUUUGUGAGCCGAUGGGCAUCAUUGGAGGCAAAUGUUAUUGUGCGGAAGGAUACAAGCUGAGGCGGGACGGGAUCAGCUGUGAACCAGAAGCCGAGUUCCCAUGCGGCAGAACCGCCCUGAUGAGAACUGCUCGGUCUCCCACCCUCAGCGUCAACCCAGAUGAAUUGUAUCCCCUGCAGCGGAUUGUAGGUGGAGCUGAGGUCAUCCCAGCAGAGAUUCCCUGGCAGGCAGCCUUGGUAGACAUAAAGGAGAAGGAGGUGUUCUGCGGGGGCUCCGUUCUAAGCGAGUGGUGGGUUAUCACCGCGGCCCACUGUCUGGCUGAGGCACCGGGGGCCUUCGUCGUUAGAGUGGGCGAGUACAACAUUAAACGCAAAGACAACACAGAGCAAGACUUCCAAGUAUCCCAGCAGCACAUGCACCCGCUAUACAAUCCCAGGGUGAACCCGUACGAUCACGACAUCGCCUUGCUCCACCUCCAAAGACCCAUCAACUUCUCCAUCGAUGUCCGGCCCAUCUGCAUCGGACCCAAGGCAUUCACUGAGGCCCUGGUGAAGAGAGCCUCGCCCGCCACGGUCAGCGGCUGGGGCAGAACGCGCUACCUCGGACUCCCGUCCAACACGCUGAAUAAAGUGGAGGUUCCCUACACGAGCCGGGCCGAGUGCAAGCGCACCAGCAGCAUCAGUAUCACACCUGCCAUGUUCUGCGCUGGCUACUAUAACGAGGCCAAAGAUGCGUGCCAGGGGGACAGCGGGGGGCCUCACGCCAACAAGCUCAACAACACUUGGUUCCUGACGGGCAUCGUGAGCUGGGGGGAAGAGUGCGCAAAGUAUGGCAAGUAUGGGGUGUACACGCGUGUGUCUCUUUAUGUCAACUGGAUCUACAACAUGACCCACGGGUUGGACCAACACCAUGAGGAAAUGUCAGAUCUUGAAGAGGGUAUCGAAUGGUUAGAAAAACAACAAUAA